AUGCAUGAUGGUUUAAAAAGAGGGCCGGCCGAAAGAAUCGCAAGACUGAUUAAAGAUAUUAAGGACGAAGAGCAGAAGCGCGAGAAAAAAAGAAAGGCAAAGGAAGAACGUGAGUAUACAGAACCAGCAAAACAAAAUGCUCCAUUGCUUGAGAAAAUUCGGGCGGUCACUUCACAUUGCUAUACGGGAUACGGGCUUCCGGAAGUCUACAAGGAUACAAAAAGCCAUUCAGCAGUUAAAACAUGGUUUCGUUUGCAACUAGUCAACAUAAAUAAUUCCUGGAAGACACUUGGUCUAGCUCUCAGUAGAUAUAAUAACUUUCACUUCAAACUUUGUAACACUGUCGUUCUUUUCCUUGAUGAGUUCGAUAAACUGCUCAAAGCGGAGUCAAAUGUUCGCUCUGAGGUUCUCGAAACCUUUUGUAGCAUUAGGAACUCUUCAGACACUUUUGAAAUCCACUCUAUCGUUGCUAUUGAAUACAAUAACUUCUUUCGUGCCAACUUCCUGGCGGAUAUUGACUUUGAACCUAAAAAAGUUGUUCGUGAUAUUGAACUGGCCGAGUUUCUCGCGGCCGAAGGAGUCUUGUUUUCUGGCAACGAGACUGAGACAUUCAUGAUUUCCUCACCUCUUGUGCGCUGGUUGAUCCUGCAACGCGCAAUUUCCAAUGUAUAUUCCUUCUGCCCGCAGGUAGAAAACCCUUUUCAUCUCUCUUCACGUACAUUGGAUAUUCUUGGAAUCUUAAAGCAAGUAGUCCGUAUGUUCGACAAAAAAAUUAUCAAUCUAGCAUAUGACCAUUCAAGACAGCACCUGUGUUUGUAG